GGUGGAGAAGGUCUUUCAUCGGCACUCUUUAAAUUCUCGAGUCGUGGUUGUAUCUCGCUACGCGGCGACACAGGCACUAGCUAGACGGAAGCGAUGAUCUCCGUUGUAGCGUCAACGACGGCCUUGGUGCCAUUGCUACUCUCAAUGAUGUCGCGCGAUACUGAAGCGCACACUUGGAUUGACUGCAUCGACACAGAUAGAUCCAAAAUUUAUGAUAAGAGUGCGUCCUACAUUUUCGGCGGUGCCGGCGGCAACGGGUUCUGUGAGGGCUACGGCGCAGGUUACCCAGGUCGCGGUGACAUCAACAUUGGUACUGGAUACACUUACAAGAUGCUGAAGAACGAGGUCGAGGCUGGAACGCCCGUGUGCCAGAACGUUGGCGCCAACACGUACUCGGACUGGCGGAAGCGAAUUUCGGUGGCUCCGGGUCAAACGGCAUAUUUCGCGUAUCUGCCGAACGGCCAUAUCGUCAAGGACAAGAAGGGUGUCGGCACACAACACGGUGUCUAUUGGACAGGUCAGGUUGGCACAUCACUCACGUCUACGCUUGAUAUGAAGCCUGAAAACUUGCUGGACGGACACACCAUGAACUACGACGAUGGAAACUGUGGCGAGACGGUCGACUACAAUGGUGCCCCUAGUGGUCGUGCGGGCGAUGGCAAGCCCUGCGUCGGUUCGUUUGUGGUGCCGGCAGAAACUGCCCCGGGCGUCUACAACAUGGUCUGGUAUUGGACGUUUUGGCUCGACGAUCAGGCAGCAUACAUCGAUCAGACGCAGGCCAAGGGAUACUUCGGUGCAGCAUACUCAACCUGUUUCGAGGUGGAGGUAACGUCAGGUGGAGCCUCAGGCGCUCCCGUUGCCCAAACUAAUGCUGCUCCAGCGACACCGCUUCCGACUCCAGCACCGACUCCAGCACCGACUCCGGCACCGACGCCCGCUCCUACUCCAGCACCGACACCCGCUCCUACACCGACGCCGGCACCGACACCAGCCCCGGCGGCUAAGACAGGACCUCAAAUUGUUGGCGCUACAGCUCCGCAGAUGACGACAGUGGCAGAAACGCAUGAUUCAGGUGUGGGAACAGUUGCUCCUGGGCCAAUUGAUAGCAGUGACGGUGAAGAUGUUCCGCCCUCAAAGUACGACACGGACGAGGUUGCCACUGUUCACCCGCCCUAUGACAGCUCUGCAAGCUCGAACAGCACUUCGGCCUCUGGAUCUGAUGCCGACGAGGUCGGUCAGGUCGAUCAAGAAGAGCCUUCCGCCCCAUCAACCCCUGCAUCGCAAUCGCGAUCAGGAUCAAAUUCUGUGGGAGGAACGUCUGCGACUACGAUGGAGAACACGGCCAACUCCGCUAAUACCAUCGAGCGGUGGGUCGUCUUGGGAUUCGCAUUGCUUUUCGGAGCGUUACUAUGAUCCUCUCCUUGUCCGAGCACCAUUCAAAUGCAGUUUGUUUGUUCAGGGCCCCUGACUUGCCUGGUAUCGCUCCUGCUGUGCUGUGAAGGCUGGACCAAAGAACUGGCCACCUUCAUGGUUUCCAGCUGGUGAUCCUUCAGAGCGAAGUAAAGGCCGGGAAUGCCUGGACACAGAAGAGUGCAUUCAUCACGGAGCCUUCUAGCUUCGCAUUUCAAUAGAUUCGCCAUUUUAGCCAACAGAAUGUAAAACUAGCGUUGGGGUUAUUAAAUUACAACUUCUGUCUCCAUG